UAGUUUCAUUGCGCCUUUGAUACCAACUGCACGCAUGCGCGGCUUCACUGUAAACUCACGUGCAGUGUAACCGAUUCGUGUAUAAACAUAAACAUCGAACGUAACAAAUUUAAAUUUGUAAUAAUAAACAAUUGUUAUUUUAUCUUUAAAUAAAAAUUAAUUCUUUUUCUAUAAUUAUUUUAAUCUUUAAUCUGUUUUUAUAUAAAAUAAAAUAAAUUUAAAAAAAGAGAACUUACUUUAUUCUUAAUUUGAAAUACAUUUUGUGAUGUGAUAAAAAUGUCGAGCAUCCCAUUAGUACGUCGUGCGAUUGCUGGUGCUUCCCUUGCACACACCUCAUCCUCUCUAGCAGAACAGAACAACCCUCUAGUGGUCAAUCAGCAUGAGAAUCAAUGGACACCAGCUGCUUUGGAGCGAGCUGGUUCUACCCUAAAGGCUCUCAACCGUAUGGCCAAACGUCCACCUGUUCACAUUUUAUUUGAAGAUGUGGGCUACACUGUCAGCUCACAUAAAGGAGAACAAAGGAUUCUUCACAAUGUGUCCGGAGAGUUCCGUUCUGGGGAACUUACCUGCAUAUUGGGACCUUCAGGGGCCGGCAAAUCCACAUUACUCAACAUACUGGCAGGAUACACAUCAAACGGCGUUAAUGGCCGCAUCACCGUGAACGGUCAUACGCGUGAUAUGAGAGUGUUUAAGAAACUCAGUAGCUACAUAAUGCAGGAUGACCUGUUGCAGCCGAGGUUGACCGUCCAGGAGUCUAUGAGAAUAGCAGCCGACUUAAAACUCGGCAAAGAACUCGGCAAAGCAGAGAAGGAACUUAUUAUUAUAGAGAUUCUUCAGACCCUCGGCUUAUGGGAUCACAGGCAUACAAGAUCAGAAUGCCUGUCUGGGGGACAGUCGAAACGCCUAUCAGUUGCAUUGGAGCUUGUCAACAAUCCACCUAUCAUAUUUCUUGAUGAACCAACUACAGGUUUAGACAUCGUAUCCAUUCGCCAGUUGGUGGUCCUUCUAAGACUUCUCUCGCGACAAGGGCGCACCAUCGUUUGCACUAUACAUCAACCGUCCGCCUCGCUGUUUUCACUUUUCGACCGAGUUUACAUACUCGCAAGAGGCCUCUGUUGUUAUCAGGGCGCCGCUCCACUUCUGGUACCCUACCUGGCAGAAACAGGCCACAUUUGUCCCACUACUCAUAAUCCGGCUGACUACGUACUGGAGACACUGCUUGGAGAAGACGAGGCACCAGCCCAGCUGUCAGAACUGUGCCAGAACGGGAAACUAUGUCGGAAACAAGAUCGAAUGACAACUCGCGGUGGAAAGAAGCCCGUAUUACACUCCGACGAGUCCAUACAAAGGAUAUUCGUUGAACACGUUGCUAAAGAGCAGAUGCAAAAAAUGGAAUUUCCCACUACCUUCCUUAAUCAGUUUCUUAUUUUAACUAAAAGAAUGUUCAUACAAACGAAGAGGAAUUCGGUAACUCUGUGGAUCCAACUGAUGCAUCAUUUAAUAACGGCACUUCUUCUCGGCAGUAUAUUCUACCAUGUGGGGAAUGAUGCAAAUGCGCCAAUAGUCAAUUUCAAAUUCUGUUUGAGCUGCCUUGUAUUUUUCAUGUAUACCUACAUCAUGCUGCCUGUUUUAUUGUUUCCGAUGGAGGUGCGUUUGUUACGGCGGGAAUACUUCAACCGAUGGUACAGCCUGAAAGCGUACUACGCAGCGCUUACCUUUUCAACAUUACCUGUCAUGAUAAUUUUAUGUUUGCUAUUCGUUACCAUUUGCUACAUAAUGUCUGGCCAGCUAUUGGAGUGGAACAGAUUCGUGUUGUUCUUUAUAAUUGGAAUAAUGACAGCAAUAUGCUCUGAAGGACUCGGCCUUGCUGUCGGCUCUGCAUUUAGUGUGACUAACGGCUCUAUAGUCGGUCCAGCGACGGCAGCACCACUUCUAGCAUUAUGCUGUUAUGGCAUGGGCUUUGGUCCAUACAUAGAGACCUCUAUGAAAUUUCUCAUGUCUGCAUCCUAUCUCAGAUAUGGCUUAUCAGGUUUUUCGAUAGCACUGUACCAAAACAGAGGGCCAAUGGAGUGCAAUGUUGAGUUUUGUCUAUACAAUAAUCCUAAACUCAUCCUUCGCGAUGUCGGAAUGGCGAAUGACAACUAUGGCUUUCAAAUAUUAGGAUUAUUAGUAUUCACAGCGAUACAUAGAUCGUUAGCGUAUUUCGCUUUACGGCAUCGACUUACAGCUGAAGCCUCGAAUAAAUUUAUAGCGUACAUAAGUAAAUUUUUAAAACAUAGAUAAUGAUUGUAAUAGCAUGCUGUUAGUGUUUGUUAUUGAUAAAUUAUAUUUAAGUAGAUCUAAUUCAAAAGUUUAUUGUCAUAAAAUACCAAUGAUACAUAAUUACCAGAGGGAGACUUUGUACAAAGGUUGUUUGUUUGGGCACUUCUGCCUCAUUCGUGUUUCUACCGUGAAACAGGUGUGUUUGCAUGGCUGUGUUUCGGUUUGAAGGGUGAGAUAUGGCAGUGAAUUUACAGGGUACAUAGAAAUAACACCUGAGUCCUCAGAAAUGGCAAUGCAUGGGGAGUAUUAUGGGCGAAACAGUAUAUGUUAUGUCCAUAGUACUGCUCAUUCCUAUAGGCGACGAUUACCACUUUCCAUCAGGUGGUCCGUCAGUUUAUUUGCCAUUCUAAGUUGCAUAAAAAAAUAGUUUUAUUUUUUAUGCGUUAAUGUUUUUCGAAUUUAUGGUAAGCAAUGUUAAAAUGUUGAAUACUUAUUUUUAAAUUGAAGAAAUUACUAUGUACUUAAUAAACUAUUACUGAAACCUAUUUUACUGUUUCGAGGAAGUAGCAAACAUGCCGACAGCCCGCCUGAUGAAACGUGGUCCCAUCAUUUGUAAACAAUAUAUUAGCACCAUAAAUCACGGUCAUACAAGUAAAUAAAUGAUACAUAUCAUGUGUACCAUUCCUGAGGGCUAAACUUGAUUAUAUCAGAAAUCUCUCUGGAUAAUCAGGACUUUCUUGCCAUUUAGACUAAAACUAGCAACGCAUAUAUUGUUACUUUAUCUCAGGAAGAAAUAAGACGACGGCACGUCACUUACCAGAACUCUAUGGAUUUUAGAUUAUAUAGAUAGAGCAUCGAACCUCAAAAACGCGUCAGUUAAUUAGCUGUAUCUAUAUUUAAUUAUUUAAUAAAUAAAAUGAGUUUGUGCGCAUUAAAAAAUUGCAAAAUUUAUAAGAUAAAAUAAAUAUAGAAUUUAUAAAGGAAUCACUCAUUAUCACACAAAAUUGUAGGAAAAUAUUGACCCGCUUUGCUAGAAACAUUUAUAUGGAGACACUCCAUCUACAUAAUCUAAGCCUAUAGCCUAUGUAUAUUGGUUAUGGUUAAAAAUAUCAUAUUUUUAUUGGAUACAUUUUUAAUUUAGAAAAAGUUUUAGUUUGUAUUCUGUAACGGCCAUUAGAUACAGAUCACAAGUUUUAUUAUAAGUAAAUAAUUACAGUUAUUCUCCAAAAUUAAAUUUGUACUAUUUUUAGAAUUCGUAUUCUUACUAAAAAUACGAGUUCUACAAAUUCAAUGCACGCCUUAGGGAGUCAGAGGAUACUAGGAAAUUUUAUAUGUUAUUUAUCUUUUUUUAGUUUACUAUAACAGACAGGGUUUUUGAAAAAUUUAAGUACAGAAUCAAAUUGUUUUUAUUGGACGAUUAGUUCGCGCUUAGUCUUACCUCACAUAUGAAAAGUAAGAGCAAGACUUAAAAAUGGAACAAGUUUACACCUAAGAUAACUAGAAUUACAUAAAAAAAAAUCAGAAAACCGAAAAAUAUAUGCAAAAAAAUUACCAUAUGAAUUAAACAUUUUACACAAUUAAAAACGACCUUCCAAUCUAAUGCAAGAGUCUGACCCUUGUAGCCGUUUAUUUACUAUUUUUAGGUAGAUCUAAUUCGAAACAUUAUUGUCAUAAAAUAGUUUUUAUUUUUUCUUAUAAGUUGAAGGGUCAGACACAUCCCUGAUUAAACUAUAUUCUGAACAAGAUACAAAAAAUAUUCGAUUAUUAGACAACAAUAUUUACAUAUUUAAACAUCACGAAUUAAACGACCGCUUCAUAGGAACCCAUUAAUUUCUCUUAGACUGUAUAAUGUGUAAAUAUGUAGCUAUGAAUUAUAAAACAAUUAACGAUCACGGAUUUCGCGGAAAAAUACCAACUUAAAUCGCACACGCAAACUGAUAUAAUGCCGCAUUGUUUUAAUUGAAAUAGUUCCGCGUAAUGCUCGUUGUGCCAACAAAAUAGUGAUAUACUGGAUUAGCCUUUUUUGGUAUUCGAAUAUUUUGGCUCUGGUUAUAAUAUAAUCGAAUCCUGGCUCGAUUUUGAUGACUUGAAACACAUAGAUAUAGGAACGUAUUUCACUAAACUUGAAUAUUUUUUCAAGACUUCUGAAGCUUAAUUUUAAAGAAGAUAAUAGACGUUCCGUUAUUCAAUAAUUUUGUCUUUGGUAAUUAAGGAAAAAAUAAUGAAACCAUGAAACAAAAACUUAAAAUAAAUAUGUAACUAGCAUUCAAAUAUCGCUAACAAUCCGCAUAUUCAGUAUUCUAGCACUUGAGUAAGUAGCAAGUAGGUAUUCGAGUCAGCCGGCCUCGGCACAUCACUAUACACAACUGGCAUUAAUUCCUCAAAUUAAUUAUAUUAAUUAUACCAAAGUUCAUGUCACAUGUCACAUCAUAUUGAUGAAAUGAACGAUUUCUCUGUUUCCCUCAGUCUUCGUACAUAAAUGUGAUUGAUACAGACGGCUGAAGUAGGUAAAUAUGAAGCAGUAUGAAUCGUUUGUUUAAAAAAAUUUUUUUUCAUGCGUAUAAAUAGACUAUAUAUCUUAUACCCUAUGACCGUAAUAAGUCAUUAAUUAUUGAGAUAACUGGAUAAUCGCUUAUGUUAAUAAUCUUCACUGUUACUAUGAGGGUAAUUAAUUAAGUACCUACAAUUGACAACCUAUAUAAUUAUUAUGUGAUAUAUACAACUAUAGGUGUAUUAGAUAAAGUAGCAUAGGAAUCUAUGGUAAGUAACACCUGUUGGAAUUUGUACUUUAUAUUGCAAAACCACCUUUUAAUUUCACAAUAUAUUUAUUUUAAUUAUAUUUUUACACAAACACUUGCACAUUGGACGAUUGUUGUAACGGAAGAGAGCGAAGGCAAUUUUAGAGUUGCCAUAGUAUAAUAUUAAAUUUAGUGUUUCCAACAACACCUACAUUUUCGUUAACGCAUAGAAUAGAAGUUAAAACCAUCUAACUCAAAUCAAAUAUUUCGGAAUAGAUUCAAAUAGACUUGUUCACAAGCUCUUUUGCAGUGCAGCAUACAUCAAACAGAAAGAUAGCAACACUCCUAAGUCUUGUUCUUAUAAGAACACUUAGAAGAUCCGAAGGGACUUACGUUUUCGUUACCGCACGCAUGUGAAAGAACGAGGUAGAUAACUCCAUGUUUUAUAACAUGUAAGAAAUGGCGAAUAUGUUGAAAAUUGCUUGAUUUAAUAUCGAUUUUUAUUAACCCUGUUGUUGCUACCUUUGCUGAUGUUUGUACUUCACGAACAUUUGUGUAAACAUGAGUUAUAUUGAGUAAAAUGAAUAUCAGGUAAAAUUCUUAUUUCAUAUAAAACAUUACUUCGGCAUUUAAUACAAUAGUCUGUUUCGAUCAUUACAUACUUAUAAUAUGAUACCAAGAGAUAUAUUGAAUCUACCUAACACCAUACCUUUGUACGUAACGCCAGAACAAACAUACAGACAGACAACAUUUCUAAAAAUUUAUGUUUUGGCUAUUAUUAUAUAUUAUAUUAUUAUGACUUAUAUAUUUUUUUUCUUAAAUAUCACCCAUAUACAGACAUCACCAUCAUAACAUCAGCCAUUAUCCGUCUACUACUCCCCCAUUGACUGCUAUAAAGAACGGUCCUGAACCGUCUGCAUCCACUGACUACCUGCAAUGCAUUUGAGAUCGUCACUCCAUACACUGCAUUUACCUCUACAGGGUCGCCGCUCAAGAAUCUUUCUUCCCCCUCGAUACCGACAUCGCCUAGUUACAUUAUUAAAAUAUUUUUUAUAUAAGCACAUAAAAGAAGUGAUACUAGCCUAUAUAGGAAAUAAUUAUAUAUCUAUAUUCCAAUUUGUAUUAAUAUUUAAACUAUGUCCUUAGCAGUUUGGAGAUUAAGUGAAAAUUAAUAGUUACCUUAACUUCGAGUGCAAGCGAGUUGUGUAUUAAUAAAAUAGUUUAAAUUGUUCCAAACUUCUAAUGUAAUUAAAUUUAUGACAAACUAAAUAAUGUUUAAGUACAUUCCCUAUCAACGUUCCUCUAUUGCUAAACAAUGUGGCUAUGUACAUACAUACGUCUAUUUCUUAGCUUAAUUCUAAACCACGCAACGAAAUAUGACACGGAUUUCAUUAUAAUUUAAACUUUUUUAAGUAGAUAAAUUGUAAUUAUUAUUAUUAUUCUUUGUAAUUAUAAGGGUAAUAUAUAUGUAUGUGUGUGUAUAUAUAUAUAUUCUUGUAAAUUGUAUACGUACAAAGUCCGAGUCGCUAGUAAAACAAAAUAUUUAAAGUAGGUAAGUACUUAUUAUCUAAAAACGAAUGCAUUAUUUUCUAUUGUAGAUUAGAUAUACCUACCUACUAAUCUAUCUAUCCUAUAGAGAAAUUAUCGAUUUAUCAACACAUUCAGCGCACAGCAAAGACUAUGAUAUGAUCUCGUUUGUACCAUAGCUAAUAUUUAAAAAAAGAAUUUUAAAAUAAAAAAAAUAUAAUACAGUAAUGUCAUACAAUAUGGUACAUACGAGGUGUUGGGGAGUAUGACGGAUUUCCCAGUAUUAUGCUGAAUACUAAAUAAAUAAUUGUCUUUUAAUAAUAAAUUGCUUUCGUAUAUUUGAUAGAAAAUUAUAAAAAAAAGAAACAGAAGAACAUCAAUCAGAUAAAAUAAAAAUAUAUGACUAUUAAAAUAAAGAAGGUUGCAAUCUUCAACACAAGAGAUAAGGAAGAUUGUAGUAACAGUGGUUAACAGUUCAUUUGCUAAAAAAAAACCGUGGUAGGUCCUACAAGAGACGCCCUUUGAAUAGCAAAUGCCUGGAGAAUACGUCACAAUAAUCCAAAUCUACAAUCCCCCAUAUCCAGCCAGCGCAAACUAAAAACGCGAGCAGGAAUACCGCACAAUUUUUAAUAAUUACUAAUAUCAUUAUCUAAGUGUAUACCUACAUAAAUAUAUAUUUAUCAAAAUAGUGACGACUCUUUUGUUUCAUAUGACAAUAUUAAUAAUAUGUUUUAAUUAACGAUAUACCUAUUUUAAAUACUUUUACAUAUUGCAUUGAAAGCGAAUUCUUUAAAAUUUUUGUCUCAAUUUGAAAAUGGACAGUAAUAACCGUAGAAAGUAGAACACUUUUCUCUUUUAAGUUAAUCGCAUUUAGGACCAUAUUGGGGUCGAUUCUGAGUCGCAAUUUCUCUAAAACCUA